AUGUCCCAGUUCCUGCCUUCCACCCAGAAGCGGCUGACCAACAUCGCGGUGGUGCGGUACAAGCGCGCCGGCAAAAAGUUCGAGGUAGCCUGCUACAAGAACACCAUCAUCGCGUGGCGCAACAAGGUGGAGACCGACAUCGACGAGGUGCUGCAGGCGCACACCAUCUAUGCCGACAUCGGGCGCGGCGUGCUGGCCAAGCGGGAGGACCUGAUCGAGGCGUUCGGCACCGACGACGAGGACGCGGUCUGCGUCGAGAUUCUGAACAAGGGCGA